AUGGUCGACGGUCCCGCGCUGUACGGCGGCCGGCGGCUCGCCGCAGCGUCGAACGACGUCCGCGCCAUCUACGAGCUAUCCACGAAAGAGACUGUGUCUGUCCUCUCGUACAACCUCAUGCGCCAGCUGCACGCCACGAACAAUUACAAGCCGUACUGCGCCGAGUACAUUCUGGGUAGCACCCGUCGCAAGGACCAGCUCCUCGCAGAGAUUACCGCGUACGACGCCGACGUUUUAUGCUUGCAGGAGGUCGACGACUACGAGCUGUACUGGAUCCAUGCGCUCAACGCACUCGGCUACGACAGCGUGUACCACCGUCGACCGGGUGACUAUGACGACGGCCUCGUCAUUGCGUUCCGUCGCCUCAAUUUUCAGGUCUUUCGAACGCAGCGCGUGGAUUUCAACGACCUCGUGGCCCGGACGCGCCGCGAGAACCUCGCGGCCAAGCUCGAGCAAGACAACAUCGCUCUCUUUGUCGCGUUGCAGCCGUGGGAAACCUGUGCCUUUCCGAGCCCUCUCUGUGUUGUCAACGUGCAGCUUGCAAGUCAUCGGGACCACGACGUUGUGCGGGACCUUCAGCUGCGAUACCUUCUUCCACAAGUCGAGGCGUUCAAUGCCGACUUUCAAAUGCCCGUCGUGGUUGCCGGCUCGUUCAACGCCCGACCAAGCGAUGACGUCUACCAUGUCAUGCGCACGGGGCGGGCGCGACCAGCGCCGGCUCCCCCAACGCGCUUGGCGCCACCAGUUCUGAGCGACGCCACGACGAGCACGCUCGUUGUUUCGUGGGAGACGCCCAUUUCAGUGGACGGUCCAGUCCUCGCAUAUCGACUGGACCGCCGCGUCAACGGCAGCACGACUGUCGGGUUUUCGCACGAAAUCGUGCUCGACGACGUGGCCACGUCGCACAAAAUUACCAUGCUCAGUGCGGGCACGCAGUACGAGUUUCGCGUCGCGGCCAAAAACGCGUUUGGCUGGAGCGCGUACAGCCCGGCGUCGGCUCCGUUUCAGACGCUUCAAGGCCGUCAUCACGCGUGGCGGGGCCGCCCCCCCGUGGUCCCCCCGGCCGAAAAUGACGAUUUGAGCAACCCUUUCAAGCUGUCGUACGGCUCGGGCAAGACGCCCCGCUUCAUCGAUGGUACGGUGCAGGACCAGCAAUGUCCGCGCCCGAGCCGCCUCGAGCCCGAUGACGCUAUCUACGAGACGCUGCAGUUCCGCGGCGACCGCGAAGACGGCUUGCUGCACUACGAGGUGUUUGAGAGCGCGUAUGGCCGCUACAGCUACGGCGGCGAGCCCGUGUGUACGUACGUCACGGAAGCGUGGACCGGCACGGUCGACUACAUCUUUUUCACGAAAAAAGAGUUGGCGCCAUUCCAGUUGCUGACACUGCCGUCACUCGGCACGUUGGUCGGCAAUGACGUGCGUGAGCCUCCUACGAUUGUCGACGCCGAUUAUGCUGCGUACAUUCCUCGUGACUGGGACAGCCGUGUCACGCUUGGCGACAAACGCAACCCCCAGUACGCGGGCGCGUGGCCGCCCAGCGUCUUCCAGCUUCCCAACCCGAAACGAAGCCACGAAUGGCUGCCCAACGAGACGUUUGCGUCCGACCAUUUCGCACUCUUGGUCGUGCUCGCCUUUUGCGACCACGAACUCGCCACGUCAUGGAAUUAAAAACGCGUUUUUUUACAAUUCUUCUUUGGAGCCGGCGAGGGCCUGGCGGCACGGCAGUAGCUGCAGCAUCGGACUCACUUUGGUCGUAUCGUCCGGCACCCGCGCCGAGUACCCGCGGUUGGGUGGCAACGGCGCGUAGCGCUUGCAGUGACCACCGUCAUCGUCGUCG